AUGUUUUAAUCCGAUAGUGAAGAGGAAGAUUCACUAAUAGUAAGUUUAUAAAAAAGAUGAAUAUAGAUAGGAGAUAUCAUAUAAGGGAGAUUUGAGAUUCAUUCGAAGAUUGGUUGCGGUUCCUUUGGCUAGGUUUACAAAGUGAUUGAUUAAAAAGAUGGUAACACUCCAUAUGCAAUGAAGGUGGAGUUUGGAAGUUAGGAAUGCAAUUUAUUGGAAAAGGAAAUAAAAGUUUUAAUAGAUUUGAGGUAAGAAUGAAAUUUUAUAAAAAAUGAAAGAAAAAAUGUUGGAUUCCCAGAGAUAAAGUUUUAUGGAAAAGAAAAGAGAUAUACAUUUUGUGUGAUGAAUAUCUUGGGGAAAAAUUUAGAAUCCGUAAUUAGAAAAUGCGGUGGUUCGUUUUCCCUUUAAACAGUUCUGCGAUUAGCAAUCUAAGUUAUUACACAGUCAAAAUUAGAUGAUUGAUAGAAUUGAAGCCCUCCAUUCAUGCAAAUAUUUACAUAGAGACCUUAAACCAGAUAAUUUUGUACUCGAAAAUACGACCAGUCCAAAACUAAUUAACUUAAUUGAUUUUGGGUUAUCAAAAAAAUAUGCUGUAUUAAUAUAUUUGAUUAAUAGAAUUCAAAAGGAGAUCAUAUAAAAUUGAUAAAAAAACCAGGAUUAAUAGGAACUGCUCGAUAUGCAAGUAUUAAUGCACAUGAAUCUUUGGAAUAAGGAAGAAGAGAUGAUCUAUAAAGUAUAGGAUAUGUUUUAUUAUAUUUACUUACUGGGCAUCUACCUUGGAUGAAUGUUAAAAUCGAAAAUAAAAAUCUUAAAUAUGCUAAAAUUCAUCAAAUGAAGAAAAAUCUAAAAUUAGAAUAACUAUUCUCAAAACAAUCCAAAUGUUUUAUUAAAUUUAUGUAAGAAGUCCAAGCUUUAGAUUUUGCAUAAUAACCCAAUUAUAAAUAACUCAAAGCAUAUUUCUAAGAUGAAUUAUCUUAGCUCUCUCUUAAUUAUUAAAAUUAUGGCUAUGAUUGGGAAAAAUUACCAGAAUAUUCUAGCAAAAAAAAAAAACAUUAAACUAUCGCAAUCAUGAAUAGUUCAGGAAGGGAUGAAAUAAUGAAUAUUCAAUUCUAAAAAUUAAAUAAGCAUGAAUUACUUUUAAAGAAAAGCACUAAAAAAUUAGAUAAUAAUAAACCAUUUCUUAUAAAUGUAGCUGAACCAUCAGAACAUUAAAAGUAAUUAGAUGUACAACCCUAACAUAUUUCAGGAAAUCCUUUUCUCUAAAUUCCUCAAUAUAAUUCUUGCAGCAAAAUCGAUUAAAUAUCUUCGUUAAAUUAAUCUAACCAUACAUCUAAAACUAAUAAUUAUUUAUAGAGUGAUGAUGUGCUAAGUGAAGAAUUACUACCAAAUAUUGAAAUGAAAGAAAGCUCUAUACCAGGAUUCAAAAAAAUGAUUGAUUAUGAAAUGAUAGGAAUUAAAAAACCUCUUAUUCUCAAUAAAAAAACAUCACGUAUUUAUUUAUACUUAUUUAAUAGAAAUGGAUGCAAUCAGGAUCAUGCAAUAAACAUUUAUUUAACCAAAAGUAAUAAAAGAUGAAGAAGAAAACCCAGAAUUAGAUUUAAUUGAUUGA